CUGCCUUCUGAAGACGUCGAAGAAGGUAGACAUUGUGUCCUGGAGAUUGAGCCUCGCCCGAGACGCCUGCAUCCCUGCCAGUCCUACACAGCCCCAGCUGCUGCUCUGCCUCCACUCCAGCUUCCUGGGAGAGCACCUUGGAGGCAGCAGGGAAUAAAAACAUUCAGAUGGCAGAUAACAGUUUUUCAGAUGGGGCUCCUUCAGACUCCACGGAGGCCGCGAAGAGCACGAGCAGCGCAGAACAGCUCACAGACCAGGUGAUGCAGAGUCCUCAGGUCUUGGCAGCCUUGCAGGAGCGCCUGGACAGCGUGUCCCACACUCCCUCCAGCUACGUCGAAACCUUACCGAAAGCAGUGAAAAGAAGAAUUAAUGCCUUGAAACAGCUCCAGGUGAAGUGCGCGCAUAUAGAAGCCAAGUUCUACGAGGAAGUUCAUGACUUGGAAAGAAAGUACGCGGCUCUGUACCAGCCUCUGUUUGACAAGAGGAGAGAGUUCGUCACUGGGGACGUGGAGCCCACGGACGCGGAGUCGGAGUGGCACAGCGAGGAGGAGGAGGAGGAGAAGCUGGCCGGAGACAUGAAAAGCAAGCUGGUCACAGAGGAGAAGGAAGAAGCCGCGGCAGAGGAGCCGAGCCCCAGGGGGAUCCCGGAGUUCUGGUUCACCAUCUUCAGAAACGUGGACAUGCUGAGCGAGCUCGUGCGGGAGCACGACGAGCCCAUCUUGAGACACCUGCAGGACAUCAAAGUGAAGUUCUCGGACCCUGGGCAGCCGAUGUCCUUUGUGUUAGAGUUCCACUUUGAACCCAACGACUACUUCACCAAUUCAGUCCUGACCAAAACGUACAAGAUGAAGUCAGAGCCAGACAAGGCUGACCCCUUUUCCUUUGAAGGCCCUGAAAUCGUUGACUGUGACGGGUGCACUAUCGACUGGAAGAAAGGAAAGAACGUGACGGUCAAGACCAUCAGGAAGAAGCAGAAGCACAGGGGCCGGGGCACGGUCAGGACGAUCACCAAGCAGGUGCCCAACGAGUCGUUCUUCAACUUCUUCAGCCCCCUGAAAGCAUCCGGGGAUGGAGAGUCACUGGACGAAGACUCGGAGUUCACGUUAGCGUCUGACUUUGAGAUCGGACACUUCUUCCGUGAGCGGAUAGUGCCGCGGGCUGUGCUCUACUUCACGGGGGAGGCCAUCGAAGAUGAUGACAAUUUCGAAGAGGACGAGGAAGGUGAAGAGGAGGAACUGGAAGGUGACGAGGAGGGAGACGAGGACGAUGCCGACGCCAACCCUAAGAGAGAGCCCAGCCAGCCAGCGGAGUGCAAACAGCAGUGAGGCAGCCACCUGGUGGCCUGCGGACGCAGUCAGGACCCGGCCUGCGUGUGGGGCCUCGCCCUCGCCACAGCCCCGCCCCGGACGUGGGCGUCCCAAGUGCAUGGUUUCACUUUCACUUUGGUUUUCCUUCCUUUGCUUAACUCUACAGUGGCAGCUGAAACGCGUUUCAGAGUAGGAGCUUAGUCCCAGCACCCUCUAGAGCCUCGGCGCCCGCAGCCCUGGGCCGGCCCUGCCCUGGGGCGGGGGCAGAGCCUGGCCACGGCCCAGCACCCCGCGCCCGGGGCCGCUCUGGCCGAGCCCUCGUCCUGGGGGGCGGCGGGGGCUUCCGGCUUCCUCAUAUUUAUUUUUGCAUUCAUGCUCGCGCCCUCACCUUUCCCAAACCACGGCGGUGACUUGGCCGGGAAGACGUGCGGUCUCCCGGCAGGAGCCUGUUGUCCCGAGAGGCCACGCGGCGCUCUGGAGGGGUGGCCAGGCCGCGCUCCGCUCAGCUCUGAGUGGCCAUGCUGCCCCUCAGCUACCCCCCCCCCCCCCGCAGUCAUCCUAAGAGCCCUGGGUGCGGCUGGCGGGUGGGAGGGCUCGGGUGUGUGACAGCCGGGGACGCCUUGUCUGCUGGACCGGGUGUGUAGAGCGUGCUCAGCCUUACUAUAACACAUUUGUAACUGAAUCCGGUGUUUUCGAUUUGUACAGAAGUUAGAAUAUUCUAUUAAAGUUGUGAAACCAA